AUGGCGGCGCGGGGGUCGUGGUCCCGCCGGCUCCGCCUCCUCCUCCUGCUUCUGGUUCAGCUGGUCGCUGAGCGCUGCGGUCUGGCGGGCGCGGCGGGCAGCGCGCGCGGAGGGUUAUCUGAACCAUCCUUUACUGCAAAACAUGAAGAUAGUUUGUUUAAGGAUUUAUUUCAAGACUACGAGAGAUGGGUUCGUCCUGUGGAGCACCUGAAUGACAAAAUAAAAAUAAAGUUUGGCCUUGCAAUAUCUCAAUUAGUGGAUGUGGAUGAGAAAAACCAGUUAAUGACAACAAAUGUCUGGUUGAAACAGGAAUGGAUAGAUGUAAAACUAAGAUGGAACCCGGAUGACUAUGGUGGAAUUAAAGCUAUCCGUGUCCCUUCAGACUCUGUCUGGACACCAGACAUCGUUUUGUUUGAUAACGCAGAUGGACGUUUUGAAGGGACCAGGACGAAAACAGUCGUCAGGUACAAUGGCACCGUCACAUGGACUCCACCGGCAAACUAUAAAAGUUCCUGUACCAUAGAUGUCACAUUUUUCCCAUUUGAUCUCCAAAACUGUUCCAUGAAAUUUGGUUCUUGGACUUACGAUGGCUCACAAGUUGAUAUAAUUCUAGAGGACCAACAUGUAGACAAGAGAGAUUAUUUUGAUAAUGGAGAAUGGGAAAUUGUGAGCGCCACGGGGAGCAAAGGAAACAGAACUGACAGCUGCUGCUGGUACCCUUAUGUCACCUACUCAUUCGUGAUUAAGCGUCUGCCUCUCUUUUAUACCCUGUUCCUUAUCAUCCCCUGUAUAGGGCUCUCGUUUUUAACUGUGCUCGUCUUCUAUCUUCCUUCAAAUGAAGGUGAAAAGAUCUGUCUCUGCACGUCAGUCCUUGUCUCUUUGACUGUCUUCCUUCUGGUUAUUGAAGAGAUCAUACCAUCCUCUUCAAAAGUCAUCCCUCUGAUUGGAGAGUACCUGGUGUUCACCAUGAUCUUUGUGACUUUAUCGAUUAUGGUAACUGUCUUUGCCAUUAACAUCCACCAUCGUUCUUCCUCCACACACAAUGCUAUGGCACCUUGGGUCCGCAAGGUAUUUCUUCACAAGCUUCCCAAGCUGCUCUGCAUGAGAAGUCAUGUAGACAGGUACAUCACUCACAAAGAGGAAACUGAGAGUGGUAGUGGACCAGAAUUUUCCAGAAACACGCUGGAAGCUGCGCUUGAUUCUGUUCGCUACAUUACACGACACAUCAUGAAGGAGAAUGAUGUCCGUGAGGUUGUUGAAGAUUGGAAAUUCAUAGCCCAGGUUCUCGAUCGGAUGUUUCUGUGGACUUUUCUUUUGGUUUCGAUUGUUGGAUCUCUUGGGCUUUUUGUUCCUGUCAUUUAUAAAUGGGCAAAUAUAAUAAUACCAGUCCAUAUGGGAAAUGCAAAUAAGUGAACUCUCCCGAGGGACUGAAGUAUGACUUCAGUAACCCAACACACAUAUGUUUAUGUCACCUAUAAAAUUAUGAAAAUGUAACUAGUAUUUGAAGUUUGAUGCAAGCUUUAACAGAAUAACAGUUGCUGACAUCAAUUUACCUUAAUAGAUUAUCCAUUAGAACAUCUGCCUGUAUGACUGGAGUAAUAAUUGACAGAAUUACGUUUGAUCUACAAAUAGAAGCAAAAGAUUAUCCAAAAUGUGCUGGUGAAAACUCUUGUUUGGAUCCU